AGUGGAACGUCGGCGUCCCACUGAAGAAAUUGCAUUGCUCGAGCGAGCGCGCGUACGUAGAUGAUAACGCGUUGGCAAAUUAAUGCCCUACAAAUGACGGCCGCGAGAUCGAUUAUAUACUUUUUUUUUUCUCGUUUCUAAAUUACACGUUCACGGGAAUAAUGAUAAACUUCACGCGGCUGACGGAUCGUAUUGCAGAAACGUGGCGCCCGAAGUGUCCGAUGCGUUUUUCGGCCGGCUUCAUUCCCCGAUUACAAUCAACGAUUUGAAAACGUUAUUCAAGCGGACGGUACACGUCGCAGAGUUUUCGCGAGCGAUGGGUGCCGUAGGAAUAAACGGCUUCGGGCGAAUAGGGAGACUGGUUUUACGGGCGUGUCUAAAACAGGGUAUCGAGGUCAGACACGUCAAUGAUCCGGGGCAAGACGCGGCGUUGAUGGCUUACCUAUUCAAGUACGAUUCGACGCACGGACGUUACCGCGAAGACGUCACCGCGGUCCGGGAUGAUCAACUGGUGCUAGGGAAGGCUUGCGUUUCCGUUUCGCAGGAAAAAGAUCCGAAGCAGAUUAAUUGGGGAAAACGUGGGGUCGAUUUGGUCGUCGAGGGCUCGGGAGCUUUCACAACAACGAGGGGCGCCGAUCUUCAUAUACGGGGUGGCGCCAGACGCGUAAUAAUAACAGCGCCAUCGAGCGAUGCCCCGACAUUCGCUUACGGCGUUAAUCACGACACUUACGAUCCUAACACGAUGUUUAUAGUGUCGUGUGCUUCGUGCACCACGAAUUGCAUAGCACCGGUAGCAAAAGUGAGAAUAUCAACUCAACUCAUCACCGCCUUCUCGCUUCUUCCACGUCGAUUUAACACCAAUGAUAUUCUCGUUUUCGAGGUGCUCCACGAGAAAUUCUGUAUCGUCGAAGGGAUGGUCACCACGAUUCACGCGACCACAUCCACUCAACGCACCGUCGACGGUCCGAGUAAAAAAGAUUGGCGCGGUGGCCGGGGUGCCGGUCAAAAUAUCAUACCCUCUUCGACGGGGGCUGCGAAAGCUUUGAGCAAAGUUUUGCCCGAUCUGGCGGGAAUUCUCACCGCGGUUUCGUUCAGGGUACCGACUCCCAACGUAUCCGUUAUCGACGUCACCUGCAAGCUCGGUACUCCGACUUCCUACGAUCGUGUAAAAAUCGCUAUGAAGGAAGCGGCGGAGCGCGAGCUCAAAGGAAUCCUGGAAUACACGGAGGACGAGGUCGUAUCAAUGGACAUAAACUGCAGCACCGCGUCGGCUGUUUUUGACGCUAAAGCUGGACUGGCGUUGAACGACACUCUGGUCAAAUGCGUGGCCUGGUACGACAACGAAUUCGGUUACGCGCAUCGGGUAGUCGAUAUGAUAAAACAUAUGCAGAGGUGCGGCGAGAAGUAGGCAAGAGUCACCUCAGAGGUAUGGGAAAAUCGUCGCACAUACUCCCGAUGUAUGUACGUACACGUCAGAUGUAUAACGCCGUAAGAACGCAUUUAAACUGGAAUUCACGUUCGAAUCCUGUGGGAUAGAUUCGAACUAUGGCACCACGCCGGUGAAAGGAACACGUUGCCAAUGCAUACCCAAGGACGAUAAAAAAAGCUCCGACCGUUGCGUCGAACGUAUUACACAUACACGUAAUAAAAUGUUGGAAAAAAAAAACAAAAACAAAAAUAAACAAGUAAAACGACUUCCGCGUCUGUCUAGUCGUAGCACAAACGUCGUACGGAGUAGACGGGAAAGAAACGCUUUCUGUUACUUAUUAUAGGAAGGUAUUUUUUCACAAGUCGUCAAACCCUGCAACAGCAAGCGUUCUUCCACCAGUCAGUUUGACAUUCCCGUGUCACCCCGCGACUAAUUAGAACGAGAAACUCUUGCGGGGCACUCGUACUUUACCUACACGCAGACUCGAAAACAUUUUGUAUCAUACCGGCUGAUAAUUUACAAGUAGAAUACCGCUGGCGUACCGAUCGAGAGAAAUUAUGAAAUGAUGGAAUAAAUGUCGUUCAAUUAUUCAUAACGAGAACUUAUGCGAGACGACUAUUAGUUUUCUCCAAUAUUCCUCACGUUCGUAUGAACCCUAGUAUAGGCCAAUGAAUUAGCGUGGGAACGAGACAUUACGCGAAAUGUUUAUUCGAUACUCCUCGCUUAUAGUUAUUUGCAAAAGUGAUGCGCGAGGUAGAAGAAACUACACGUGAAGACGACCGAUCGCGAAGGACAUUUUUCAUCAUUUUUGGUCACUUCCGCGUGCAUUCAUCUUCAUUCAAAGUAACAAAUUUGCCAAGUAUUGAUUAAGCAAAGAGGGGGAACUGUCUAUUACUUUCUAAAAAUAUUUAACAAAGAAAGACUUGGGAGUUUGGAUGCCUUUUUUUUGCUGAAACGCAAUCUAAGGUUUUCGCACUUUUUCGUGUAAAUAAUUAAAUUUCAUCGUCACCAUGUUCAGAUAGUUUUCGAAUCAGAGGGAAUCGUGAUUGAUAUUUGAAUUUGUUUAUUAAUAACGUGCAUAAAUCUUGUUUGGGAAACUGUCAACGUAAUUUAAUAACAUCGCGACGUACGAUUAUAGAUAAUAAUUAUACUUUGGUCAGGCGAAGCGAAAGAUCAGUAUGUUAAUUUAUGCACAUUCAUUAUCACGCCGUGAGUUAAAAUAAAUGAUCUCUCCGUGGUAAAUUUGUAGCGCGGAUGGUUUUGCGAAGUUUUAUUCGUGCCAGUUUGGCAACGGAUUUUUUUUCACCUAUUCAUCAAACGCCGGCUAUCCUUAGCUUGGAGAUAAAUUCCCCAUUUCUUUUAUUUUCUCCUGUUUUUUUUUUUUUUUUACAACUUACCGUCACACGUGCGUCACUUAAAAAUCGGCAGAUUCGAAUUUUACCAUACAGGUAUAUUUCAUGGGAACAUUGCCUGUAAUUGAUUUUGCAAGGAAAUGAGAGCUUUGAGCAAGCCAGUCUAUGUUCCUCAGCAACUGGGAAAAAAUUAUUUUUCUUAUCACAUCUGAGACAACGAGAUAUUUGUGAAAUAAACGGAGUAUGUACAGACCGUUGGUAAGUGCCGGUGAUGGCCUGCAUCUCUCAUGCCUGCGCGUAAUGCGUGUUGCGGACUGUCCAGGUCCACCGUGAAAGGGGUGGCAAGUUUUUGAAUCUCAAGAAUAUUGAUACGAAUUGACGUAUUUUCGGAUGAUUCUUAUUUCGUGAUCAUUCGAAUGUUGUUUCUUAUCUCGAAUCUGGCGUAUCUCGAGAUCGAUUUCACACGUCUAAAUGAAAACCAGCCCCGUAAAAAGCUCGGUGUUUUGGAAAACGGGCGAAGAGCUUUCCUCAAGUUCUCAGGGAGGGUUUCGCGGGUGGAGUAUUUCUCUCAAAAAAUUCAGCAGGUCUGACAAUUGACGAACUAGGAUUCGAACGUUUUCUGUAAUCUUUCCCAAGAAGAUCUGCAGAUUAUGAAUCGCGCCUGCAAUUGAAGGCAAAAUUGUGUCUACGACUCCUCGUCAUGAGUAUACAAUGCAUAUAGCGAUACAACGGAGUAGACUCGCACGUGGAAA